UUCUUUAAAAAAAUUCUCUAAACAAAAAAGUCAAAAUCUCCAGAGAUGAGACCUAUGAGCAUUAUGAGUCUCUUCUUCUUUCUUUUUUCUCAUCAUUGUUUCCUUAGUAAUACUCAAAAUUUCUCUUCAAACAUUUCCAUUUGUGGGAAUCUCACCAUUCAAUACCCUUUCAUAUUACAAUCCCAAAACACUCAACAAAAUCCUAACUUUUCCCUAAGGUGUACUGAUCAAGGCAAUACACUACUCAAUAUUCCAUUUUCAGGAGAUUAUAUUGUGCAAGAAAUCAACUAUUCCACUAAAGAACUAAAACUCCAAAAUCCCUCUAUUUUUCUUUCAAGAAAGCUUCUACAUUUAAAGCUUUUUUCUUCUCCGGUUUCGGUUUCUUCACAGAAUUAUACCUUCUCCUUGUUAUCUCAUUUUCAUGGAGAUGUUCGACUAUCAUGGGAUGUUCAUCUUGAUAGUAACAAGACAAGCACAGAAGCCAGCAAUUCCAAUGCUCCAACUCCAAGAACAGGUGGGACUUCACGUAAAGAAAUAAUCUUGAUCAUUUUCGUGGGUGUGUCCCUCAUUUUACCAUCCGUCCUCUGUUUAAUCUGCGUUUCAUGCCGAGUUUUUCUCGAACUAAACCACCGCCGCCAAGUGGCUGCUGCUACAGCCUCUAUGGCGAGCUUAGCACCAAUGCCAAUGAUUGUGAUAGAAGGGCUUGAUGAAUCCACGAUUCAGUCCUAUCCCAAAGUGGUUCUUGGUGAAAGCCAGCGAAUAUCGGGAAAAAACGUUAUGAUUUGCGCAAUAUGCUUGGGUGAGUAUAGUGCAGGAGAAACACUCAGAUGCAUACCUGAAUGUGAACAUUGCUUCCAUGUUGAAUGUGUUGAUAAGUGGUUGAAGAUGAAUAGCAGUUGCCCUGUUUGCAGAAAUUCUCUCCAUUCAUGA